UAUGUGACACCACUGAGUACCUCCCAUAAACAUCUGGUGCAUUGUUCUUCACAACCGACAGUAAAUGUGUCAGUGUUAUAUUUCAUUCCUAACAAAAACUAUAGCAAAUUUCACCAUAGGCCUGCUUUGCACAUGUGCCCGAAGGUAAACAGGUUCUAGUACAACAGUAUAAAAACAAUGAGGAAGCCAAGACUGCAGUUACAUCAGAUCUAUCAUUACAAGGAACAAGAAGACUGUCAGUAUGAAGGAUCAAAGGAUUCCGAUCUUGUUACUGUCCGUGGCUCUGAUUUCUGCCCAGUGCCCAACUUACGUUAAUCUACAACAGCCUCAGGUGAAAACUCUACCCGGUUACCAGUCAUAUGGCUCAACAGUGCCUCAGACACCCCUCACAUACCCUAAUGAAGCCGUGUGCUAUUUGAUCGCUUCUACAGGUUCCACUGUUUCUGGAGAGAUACGCUUACAUCAGGCUUCUCAAAAUAAUCCAGUUGAAAUAACAGCUUCAAUUCAAGGAUUAAGACCACCAGGACUGCAUGGUUUUCAUCUUCAUCGUGAUGGCAACACUGACAAUGACUGCAAAGCAGCCGGUCCACAUUUCAAUCCAUUCAACCAUACUCAUGGUGGCCCAGAUGAUGCAGUCCGCCAUGCGGGAGAUUUUGGAAACAUACUGGCAAAUGAAUAUGGUAUUGCCACUAUUCAAAUACAGGGUACAUUGAUCUCGUUGCAUCCUGGAGAUGAGGGUUACGCUGUGGGUCGAGCUUUCGUGGUGCAUGAGGGCACGGAUGAUCUUGGAAAAGGUGGCAAUGAAGAGUCUCUGAAGACUGGGAACGCUGGAGGUCGACUAGCCUGCUGUAUUGUUGCAGUUAUUAACUAAUAAACGACCUUGAAGAUGAUGGAAAUGGAAUUUCACAUAUUUUAUAAUUAAAAAUAAAAUGAUUUGCUUUUAUGCUUCACGUAUGUAACAUUAGAAGGCUGUGGGUUAACAGCAGCUGAAUUCAGUUUGUAUUCCAUAAAGCAUUCAGCGCAGUUCCCUGCAUGUAACUAAAUAUAUAACCAAUCUUUGUAAAGUGUCGACAAAAAAAUUAAAACUUGUUACUUACAUA